AAUUCGAGGCUUUUUUCUAAUCGAAUUACUCGAGUUAAUCGAUUAAUCGUUGCAGCACCAGUUUAGUCCAUUUGCUUGUACUUAUGUGCAGAAAUGCCACAUUCAAUAUGGCGGAUGGACCGAUCCCUGAAACAAACCUUACCUUGACAAGUAUCCCUUUGCGUGUCCAGACAUUCCGAAACAUGCCAUCUUUGCGACUGCCCCAACAAGACUGAGAAUGGCAUCUGGCAAAUAGGACAAAAAUCGUCCUUGGUUUCAUUGUCAACAUUUUGGAAUGACGAGCUGGCGUCACAUUGUCCAUUGGUACGGACGGAUUUUGUCUCCGUGCUGCAUUUUCUUCUGGCCGCCUUCCCACACGCAGACGACGACGCCUCACGUGUUUUCUUUUUCUUGACGCGAGGUUUAUAAUCCCAAAUGUCACUUUCAGAGUCGGUUUUUUGGGACAUUUGGAAAAAAUUUGAAGCGUCACGACGUGUCCGAAGUCUUCAUAAAAACAAGAGAGUUAAUGUGUAUUAAUAUUCCGGUUAACAUAACAUUAAUAAAAAUGUAUAUUGUAAAUUUAAUUCUAAAAAUUGUGGUGGAAAGUAUAAAAAACCGGAGGGUUGUUAACCGUAGAAAUCAGGUUGACGUCGCUUACCGCCAUCCAGUUGGGUUGAAUAAUGAAUUAGAUGAAGCCGCGACACGAGAAUCGAUGGAAGCUCUCGUUUUCGAGUAUUUGAAGGAUAUGGACGAGCGGGAAGAACUCAAGUUGCCCGAUUUUGAGACAGGUCUGGAAUGGCUGAACACUGAAGGUCCUCUAUCUUUUAGCAAGGAGCUGUGUGGAAAAGUGGUUGUGCUGGACUUCUUUACUUACUGCUGCAUCAACUGCAUGCACAUCCUACCGGACCUUCACCAUCUUGAGCAGAAGCACUCGGUACAAGAUGGACUGGUUAUUGUUGGUGUACACUCAGCCAAAUUCCCCAAUGAAAAGGUUUCGGAUAACGUUCGCAGCGCGGUGCUCCGCUACGACAUCCGCCACCCUGUGGUGAACGACGGCGAGGCGCUGCUCUGGAACCGGCUAGAGGUCUCCUGCUGGCCCACGCUGGUACUGGUGGGACCGCGUGGCAACCUGCUCUUCUCGUUGGUGGGCGAGGGACACCGUGACCGCUUGACGCUUUUGGCCGACGUCAGCCUCCGUCACUACCGGGAGAAGGGGCUGCUACGCGAGCACCCGGUGGGCGUCAAGCUUUACCAGGAUUCGCAGCCUUCCGCCGUCCUGUCUUUUCCGGGGAAGGUCUGCGCGGACGGCGACCGCUUGGUUAUCGCCGACACAGGACAUCACCGGAUUCUCGUGGUGUCCGCUACGUCUGGUCAGCUGUUGCACGUCAUUGGAGGUCCUGAUAGCGGAAGACGAAAUGGCGUCUUCUCUGAAGCUUCCUUCAACUCCCCGCAAGGCGUGGCUGCGAAGGGCGACACCUUGUAUGUGGCCGACACUGAAAACCACCUGAUCCGAAAGAUCGACCUGGCAUCGAGGCAGGUGAGCACGCUCGCCGGUGUCGGCGUCCAGGGCACGGACAAAGAAGGUGGCGCCGAAGGAACCCAGCAGCCCAUUAGCUCACCCUGGGACGUGGCGCUCGGGUCCGCUGGUGGCGUGGACGACAACGUGCUUUGGGUGGCUAUGGCGGGAAGCCAUCAAAUUUGGGCUUUGUUCCUAGCAGAUGGCAAACUCCCCAAAGGAAGCGAAUCCAAGGCAGGCACGUGCGUGCGAUGGGCCGGCAGCGGCAAUGAGGAGAACCGCAACAACUCCUACCCGCACAAGGCGGGCUUCGCCCAGCCCUCGGGCUUGGCCGUUGCCCCCGAGGAGCCUUGGGGCUGCCUUUUCGUGGCCGACAGCGAAAGCAGCACCGUGCGCACCUUGUCGCUCCGGGACGGCGCCGUCAAGUCGCUAGUGGGCGGCGAGAGAGACCCCACGAAUCUCUUUGCUUUCGGGGACGUGGACGGCAAAGGCGUGGACGCCAAACUGCAGCAUCCGUUGGGCGUGGCCUGGUCCCCCAAGUCCAGUUUGCUCUACGUGGCCGACUCCUACAACCACAAGAUUAAAGUGGUGGACCCCAAGACCAAACAGUGCCGCACUCUAGCCGGCACGGGGAAAGCGGGCGACGCGGCGGGUCCGGCUUUCCUGGCGUCCCGCUUCAACGAACCCGGGGGAAUUUGCGUGGGUGCCGGCGGCGACCUUCUCUACUUGGCUGACACCAACAACCACCAGAUCAAAGUUCUGGACCUCCGAUCAGAAACUGUUUCGCGGUUUCUCAUUUCCUCGGACUGCACCGACGCGCCGGCCGUUAAAGCCGCCGGUCGCCCCAAAGCCCCCAAGAUGCCGGCAGGCGCCGUCAGGAUAGACAUGCCGCCAGUGGCGGUUUGCGCCGGGCAGACCGUUGUCAUGUCGGUGGCGUUGUCGCUUCCCGAAGGAGCCAAACUCACUGACGAGGCACCCAGCUGCUGGACUGUCUCCGCCGAAGAUGACGAGUGGCUUCCGGACUCUCAGCCGUCCAUGGGCGCCAUCGUGGACAUGUCCGAACCGCUGCGCGUCACCGCUAAAGUCCCGGAAACGUGGAAGAAGGAGCGCGUGGCGGGCCUGACGUUGAGCGUCUGGCUCUACUUUUGCACGGCGAAGACGGCGGCAUGCACCAUGAGAGCCGUGGCUUUUUACCAGCCAUUCCGGCUAAGCGACGGCACCGCCGCCAAGGAGGUCGUCGUCACGUGGACGCAUUCUCUUUAGCCACAAAAGACCAUGGACAUAAUCAUGCUAACUACAGUACAAUGUACUCAACGGACACAAAUAACAAAGCCGCUUCAAAAAUGACGGGUUAUUAACUCAUUGGCUGCCAUUUUGAACGGGGAAGUUUUUUUGCUAACUUUUGUAAUACUUUUUCAGAUUUUUUGGGCUUAUUUAUUCAAUUUGAGGAUUUAAGUCACCCCAUUUGAUAAAGUCAAUAAAGAUAAAUAUAUGUAAGUUAAAUAUA